UCAUUAAGACACAAAUUACAAAAAAAAAAAAUAACAAAAAAUUUUUUAAAAUAUUUUUAUUAUCUACUUCUUUCAAACUAUGGUAAAUACUAAAACAGUUUUUCUUAAUCUUUGGGAAAACUCCAAUUUCAAGUCCUAACAAUUUUGCAUCAGAAUGACUAAUCCUAGCCCUAAGCCCAACUCCAACCCUAACCCUAACCCCCUUUCCAAAUUCCUAAAUCUAUGUAGUUGAUGGGGUGGCUACUAGUGACAUUGACGGCGUGGACCUACAUUCCUCUCUGCUUGCCUUGUUCCUUCUUCUGCGUUAGUACUCAUCUCUGCUCGUGGGAGCUGUGCUCGCAUUCUUCUCUAGUCGGAGUCUUCUACUCACAUGCUUAGUCUCUCUGCCUCUGAAGUCUGAAGCCUUGUCCCCCUGGGUGCUCCCGUGCUUGUUCGUUAACUCUCAUGGUUGCCGGAGAACAUUGCGAGUCAGUUCAGUUGAAUGUUGAUAGACGGUGUUGAAGCAGGGCUAAGAUUGCUGUGAAGCUAAAAUAUUGAGGUGACAAAAGAAAAGACGGGGGAUAAAAUCGUUGCACUCCAACAAUUAAUGUUGCCAUUUGGAGAGGAAACGACUUCUUUUAGUGAUUCCCUUACGAGGUUCGUUCGAACCAUUGUUGCUGAAGAGAUACGUUCUUUAUCCUCCACAAUAAGCGACCAGAGAAAAAAGAUUGAUGCAAUCUUGUCUAUUGUUUCAUCUGGACUCAGAUCUGUUGCUCAUCAUGUUGAUGAUGCUAGUGCUGAUGAGAAUAUUACCGUGAGUGGGCCACCUCCAUUAGUGAUAGCUCAUACAAUCGCAAAAAAGGCUCCAUUGCGUCGAAAAUCAUCAAGGUGUCCUUUGGCUCAAAAGCUCGAACCAGAUUGCAAACCAUCUGGUCCGUUGAGUGAUCAUGAAAUCAGCGAAAACGCUGGCUUGAAACGGCGUAAGAGUACCACUAAAUGCAGAGGUCAAAAAGCAACAUCAUCGAUUAAGAAGAAAAUCCCCACAUGUGGAGACUUUAAACUACAGCGAGGACGUCCAUGGCUAUAUGAAUCCCAUGAUUUGGUGAACAUGUAUGGUGAUGAGAUGUAUACGUGCUUGGAGGUGUCAUUUAGGCCAACAUCGGAAAUGGUUUUCAUGGGUAUUGAGUUGGCUAUUUUUGCCUAUAUCUUUGGAAAUGAUUAUGACCCCAAGUAGGUCACUUCUACUAAUUUUGGAGAUUUGGAAUCAAACACUUAUUUCAUGAGAUAUAACUUGCGAUUUUGUUAUUAAUAGAGAGAUUCUUGUGCCUAACGAACAUUG